CUUCAUGUAUAACGCUAUUUUCUUUGAGUUAGUGAUUAAUUUCUCAUUUUAAGAUUUUAAACUGAGGUACCAAUGUUCUUGAGGGGCUCUUACAUGGUUAACCCACUCUCUUGCUGCUCUCCAUUUUCAGUUGGAUCCAAAAUAGUAGGGAACUCUUCAUCAAUCUUCUUCUUCUUCUCAAAAAAGCUCCAACCUUUUUUCAACACAGAGAGAGAGAUUAACAAUGUCUGGGUUAUCUUGCACGAAGCUGACCCUAUUCACCGUCGCCGGAGUUGCGAUUCAACUCGUCGGCCUCUCUCUCUUCGUCUUCGGCUUCUUCCCCGUCAAGCCAACCCUUCCCGGCCACAGUGGUGCGGAGAGUUUUCGAGCACCCACUUGCAAUUCGAUUCGAAAUGAGAGCCUGAAUGAUCUGCCUCCUCAUCAUCUCACGUCACUCUAUAAGGAUCUAUCUGGAAUCCCACCUGCAUUUGACAGGCUAAUACUAAUGGUUAUUGAUGGUCUUCCAGCUGAGUUUGUUCUAGGCAAGGAUGGUGAGCCUCCAAGGAAGGAUUUAAUGGAGGCUAUGCCGUAUACUCAGUCAUUGCUUGGAAAUGGAAUGGCAAUCGGGUACCAUGCAAAAGCCGCACCUCCAACUGUUACAAUGCCUCGUUUGAAGGCUAUGGUUUCUGGAGCAAUUGGGGGAUUCCUUGAUGUGGCUUUGAAUUUCAACACACAGGCUAUGGUGGAUGACAAUCUUCUGGGCCAGUUUUUCAAGAUUGGUUGGAAAAUGGUGAUGCUCGGUGAUGAAACAUGGCUCAAGUUGUUUCCCGGAUUGUUUAUGAGGCAUGAUGGAGUCAGCAGUUUCUUCGUCAAAGAUACUGUACAAGUGGAUCAAAAUGUUUCUAGACAUCUGGGCCAUGAGCUUAGCAGAGAUGACUGGAAUUUUCUGAUUCUUCAUUAUCUCGGCUUAGAUCAUGUUGGACAUACUGGUGGGCGCAACAGUGCCUUGAUGGCCCCAAAACUUACAGAGAUGGAUGAGGUGGUGAAGAUGAUUCAUAUGACUAAUAUACUGAAUCAAAAGAACGAUCAAGGACAAACACUCUUGGUCGUAGUAAGUGACCACGGUAUGACUGAAAGUGGUAAUCAUGGAGGGUCCUCAUAUGAAGAAACGGACUCCUUAGCACUAUUUAUUGGCCUGAAAAAUGACGUCUCUGAUUAUUUGUCGUCUACGCAUAACAAUGUUGACCAGGUUGACAUUGCACCAACUUUAGCUCUUCUAUUAGGUGUGCCAAUUCCAAAGAACAAUGUUGGUGUUCUAAUUCCAGAAAUCUUUGGAUAUUUGAGUGAAGACAAGCAGCUGAAGGCACUGGAGUUGAAUUCCUGGCAAUUAGUUAGAUUAUUGCAAGCACAAAUACCUGGUUUAUCAUGUCGAAAUCAUCCCUGUGAUGGCUCAGGUGGUGAUCAAGAGUCCAGAGUAACUAAGUGUUAUGGGAGUAUAGAAAGGAUGUGCUGUUGCUUAUAUACGAAUGCUGCACUUCUCAAAAAGUCCUGGAUGUCUAAGGAAGUUUCCAGGUCUAAUAGUAGGAAAGACUAUACCAGCACUGUUGCAGCAUACUAUGAGUUUCUGAGAACUGCAAGUGAGUGGCUAUCACGCAGAGCAACUGAUAAACCUGUAAGCCUGCUUACUCUUGGAAUAGCUGCAAUGUUCCUAUCUUGUCUGAUACUGUUAAGCCUUCUGUUUCACAUCUACAAAGAAGUCUACACUAGAGAGAUGCAAUGCCCUUUUGACUUAAAGAGCAUCAUGCAGACCUGGUGUCUAGAAGAGACAUUUAUUUUGGGUGUUACAUUGAUUCUCAUUAUAAGUAUGACAUCAAGUUCUUUGGUAGAGGAAGAGCAGUAUAUUUGGCAUUUUAUGGCUUCCACAUUGCAUUUAUUACUAUUGCGUAAAGCAAUACAAAGUUGUGUACACAGUUUUUCCAGGGGACAAAACAAAACAAGUGGUCUUCAAAUGAGUUCCAUCUGUGUGCUUCUAAUUUCUGGGAGGAUAUUGAGAGGUUGGCACCAAGGAGGCGUGAAUUGGACCAAUCUUCCUGACAUAUCUAAGUGGCUUGAGAAGGCUGGGAAUGACAAUGUAAAAUCAGUUCAGCUAGUUGCAUGCCUUCUUGUGAUUGCGUUAAGCUUAUAUGCUCUUGUUUUAUUUGGAUCAAACAGGAAUAUAGUUCUGGUCAUUGGAUUUAGCUUUCUUGUGUCUGGGUUGUUGGUUGUGCAAAAUAUCCUUAAACAUCAGGAUGGCAUGUUUGCCUCAUCCAGUUACAGUGCAAAUACAUUGGUACAGAUAACUUAUGCAAUUCUUGGUGUUUCCACAAGUGGGACAGUUAUUGCCUUGCCAUGGCUUGUACCUUUUUCAAUAUCUGAGACUGGCUUGAGUCAUGAUGUGUACAUGUCAUCUGCUUCUAGUGAAGUUCAGAAUAAGUCACUGCUGAUGAAGUUAAGAGAAUCUUUAUUUCUAAUUGGGUGGGCAUACAUAUCCUGCUGGUGUCUUCUGCAGCUUUUGCUCCAACAAACAAUUAACUCAAUGCCUAUACUCCUGCUACAUGUGCAAACUUUGGCCAGCAUGCUGUAUUUUUCUUAUAGUGGGUUGCACCACAACCAGUGGGUUGAGGUUUCUGCAUUUUACUUUUUGGGAAUGGCAGGCCAUUUUGCUCUAGGAAACAGCAAUUCUCUAGCUACUAUUGAUGUUGCCGGAGCCUUUAUUGGCAUCUCAAGUCACUCAACAGUACUUUCUGGAAUUUUAAUGUUCAUUAUAACCUAUGCUUCCCCAAUGCUAUUCAUACUUAGCAUGGUGAUGUAUAUCUCUUUGAAGGACACAAGCUAUUUUGUAUCUCCGUCUGAUGCAGAUUUAAGACAACUCCUCAAAAUGAUGAUUGGCUUUCCUUGUCUGCUUCCACUGGGCUUGAACUCCAUUCUAUUGACAGCGUACACCAUCGUAUUGGUGUUUAUGAGCAACCAUCUUUUUGUCUGGAGCGUCUUUUCUCCAAAGUACAUCUAUGUUUGUACUACAACCAUAUGUGUGUAUGUUGGAGUCUCUGUCAUAGCUGCAACUGUAACAUAUGCAUAUUUGGUGCUGGGGUUAAGGAGAAAGAAGCAAUAUAAGCUUAGGCACCAGCAAUGAUAUAAGAUCAGCUGCCAAAUACUGCUAAUUUCUUUUUUGUUAACCAAUGGCUCAAAACUUGCGAACUUUCUUUCCGCAACUUAUUCCUUCUCUUUCUUCGGGAUGGAGCACUGAAUCGUUGCUGAGACUCAAUACCUAACACCUUAGAAAAAUGAAGUGGGGAGGGAUAUAAUUGGUGUAAUGUGUAUUACAGGCAUCAUCCUGUUUGACCCUAUCUUUGUCAAACAAUGCCUUGUGACUCUUCUGAUGGUAAUGUCUAAACUUAGAAUCCAACUUACAAUUUUUGAAGAUACUAUUGUUACUAGUUUCCCGCAGCGCCCGAGCUGCUUUUACUUGAACAUUACAUGAUGCUAAACACUUCAUUUUCCAGCUAAACAAAAAGAUGGAAGUUUUAUCAGAUUAUUAGUUGAUCGAGCGGAGUAAUCAGUUGAUUUUGUUCUAAAGCUGCCUCUAUGGCACAUUUAUUCAUCAUAAGAUGCAACUGAAUGUGGCAUCUGCCUUUCAGUAUCUUUGAACAUGAAGCGUGCGGAAAGAGCACAAUAAAACUACAGAACAAUGCAGAAUUGACAUUGUGUAGUUAUAAUGCUUUCAAGUGUAUCAAGAUCAGUACCAUCUAUAAGAUGAUGAAGUUUCUUAACCUGAUCAGUGUCAAGGAAAGUAGUCUGCGGCACUCUGCGCUAUCAAUUCCGUAGGUAAAUCGUUUUGAAGCAGUGCGUGCAUUCUCUUGACCCUGCACACCUGGGUUUUCACUAUUGAGGGUAGCAAACACAAGGGCUGCAGUGUCACGUCCAUUUACUACGAAGUGAAGUAAACCUCGAGGAAACACCAUAAUCUUAAAAGUUUUAAGAUAAACUUUUGUUAUCUGAGGCAAUGAAUCCGGUUACUACUGUUCUUCCUCUGGCAACAUGUAUUGACUUCUGAACCUCCGUGGUGUGAGUUGGGACCAACAGCCAAGUCGGCACGAGCCAUUUAUAGGCUAAAGCCAUUCGAUCAGACCAGGAAAUUCAGUAGCAAGCUUUGUCAAAUUUGUUAAUGUUUGGUAAGACUACUUACCAAAACAAGAUUGUAUUUUAAAUUAUAAUCUUUGUUUGUUAAGUA